CCCCGCCGCACCUCCGCGCCCGGGGCGGCUCCGCGCCCGCCGGGUGCCGGCGGCUCUCCCGGAGGAGCCUCUGCGGAGGGCACAGACGGCAGCGGGAUCUGCGGGCACCKUGCGGGGAUAUGGCGGCGGAGCGCGCCUGGAGACUAUACCUUCGGUAAAGCUCUGUGGAAGAUAGAUGUGURUGCUGCAAUGGUGACAUAAAUAUUUCAGAGGACUGGAACAAGUUGUUGAGAAUCUGUGUUUGUUUUUCAUGCUGCUGUUGAGGGCUAUCUAAGGCAAGUAAACACCAUGAGUUUUAUCCUGAAACUUCACAGACAUUUUCAAAGAACAGUAAUUUUGCUGGCCACUUUUUGUAUGGUGAGCAUAGUUAUUUCUGCCUACUACUUGUAUAAUGGCUACAAACAGGAAAAUGAACUUCCUGAAACCUCUUCAGAAGUGGAAUGUGGUGAUCCUCAACUGUUGCCAUACAAGCUGAUGGAGAUGAAGACCACGAAGCCUGUUGAUCCCCUGAGGACAGACCUUGUAGUGCUGGUGUUUGUGGAAAGCCAGUACUCCACAUUAGGCCAAGAUAUAAUAACCAUUUUGGAAUCUAGCAGGUUUCAGUUCCACAUUGAGAUUGCAUCUGGGAAAGGUGACCUCCCAGUGCUUAUAGACAAAAAUAAAGGCAAAUACGCUCUGAUAGUGUAUGAAAAUAUUCUAAAGUAUGUGAAUAUGGACUCUUGGAACAGAGGCCUUCUAGAUAAGUACUGUAUAGAAUAUGGUGUAGGUGUGAUYGGAUUUCACAAAGGCAAUGAGAACAGCUUGCAGAGCUUUCAGUUGAAGGGUUUUCCUUUCCAUGUCCACAGCAAUCUGGGUGUUAAGGACUGUUGCAUUAACCCUCAUUCCCCACUGCUCCAUGUGACUAAAUCUUCUAAGCUUGACAAAGGGCCCUUGCUUGGAAAUGACUGGGCUGUUUUCCAGAUUAAUCACACAGCUUAUCAACCAGUGAUAUUUGCAAAAGUAAAGACACCAGAAAACCUUUCUCCACCUGCUGCUAUAAGCACUCUCURUGCCACGGUAAUUCAUGACCUGGGGCUUCACGAUGGGAUUCAACGAGUCCUUUUCGGCAAUAACUUGAAUUUUUGGCUGCACAAGCUGAUUUUCAUAGAUGCCAUCUCUUUCCUCUCUGGAAAGAAGCUGACACUGUCCUUGGAUAGGUACAUUCUGGUUGACAUAGAUGAUAUCUUCGUUGGGAAGGAGGGAACAAGGAUGAACACCAACGAUGUACAGGCCCUGCUUGACACUCAGAAUCUUUUGAGAGCCCAGAUUACAAAUUUUACUUUCAACCUGGGAUUUUCAGGGAAGUUUUACCACACAGGGACUGAGGAGGAGGAUGAGGGUGAUGACCUGCUGCUGAGAUCUGUGGAUGAGUUCUGGUGGUUUCCYCACAUGUGGAGUCACAUGCAGCCACACCUCUUCCACAAUGAGUCCUCACUGGUGGAGCAGAUGAUCCUCAACAAAAAAUUUGCCUUAGAACAUGGGAUUCCAACUGACUUGGGCUAUGCAGUGGCUCCACACCACUCAGGAGUCUAUCCAGUACACGUUCAACUUUAUGAGGCCUGGAAAAAGGUCUGGAACAUCAGAGUUACCAGCACAGAAGAAUACCCACAUCUGAAACCUGCAAGGUACAGGCGAGGCUUCAUCCACAAAAACAUCAUGGUGCUUCCUAGGCAAACUUGUGGCUUAUUCACCCACACCAUUUUCUAUAAAGAGUAUCCUGGAGGUCCAAAGGAACUAGACAAAAGUAUUCAAGGAGGAGAGCUGUUCUUCACAGUGGUUCUCAAUCCAAUCAGCAUCUUCAUGACACACUUGUCUAAUUACGGGAACGACCGCUUGGGCUUGUACACCUUUGUGAAUCUGGCCAACUUCGUUCAUACCUGGACAAACCUGAAACUGCAAACCCUUCCCCCRCUCCAACUGGCUCACAAGUAUUUUGAGCUAUUCCCUGAGCAGAAGGACCCUCUCUGGCAGAACCCCUGUGAUGACAAACGGCACAGAGAUAUCUGGUCUAAGGAAAAAACCUGUGAUCGGUUACCAAAAUUCUUGGUUGUAGGACCCCAGAAAACUGGUACUACAGCCUUGUAUUUGUUCCUGAUCAUGCAUCCUUCCAUCAUUAGUAACUCCCCCAGCCCAAAAACCUUUGAGGAGGUACAGUUCUUUAAUAGAAAUAACUACCACAGGGGGAUUGAUUGGUACAUGGAUUUCUUUCCCACUCCUUCUAAUGUCACCACUGACUUCCUCUUUGAGAARAGUGCCAACUAUUUCCACUCGGAGGAAGCUCCCAAGAGAGCUGCUUCCCUCAUCCCCAAGGCCAAGAUCAUCACCAUCCUCAUYGACCCGUCCGACCGGGCCUAUUCCUGGUACCAGCAUCAGCGAUCCCACGAAGACCCGGCAGCUCUGAAGUUCAGCUUCUAUCAGGUGAUCACAGCCGGCCCUCGAGCCCCCUCUGAGCUGAGAGCUCUGCAGAAGAGAUGCCUGGCACCUGGAUGGUAUGCUACCCACAUUGAGAGAUGGCUCACUUACUUCCCACCUUACCAGUUGCUCAUUAUUGAUGGACAGCAGCUGAGAACUGACCCAUCUACAGUAAUGGAUGAAGUACAGAAAUUUCUGGGAGUCUCUCCUCAUUAUAAUUACUCUGAAGCCCUUACGUUCGAUUCGCAUAAAGGAUUCUGGUGUCAGCUCUUGGAAGAAGGAAAAACCAAGUGUCUUGGAAAGAGCAAAGGCAGAAAAUACCCUCCUAUGGAUUCUGAGUGCAGGGCCUUUCUGUCAAGCUACUACAGAGAUCACAAUGUGGAACUGUCAAAACUCCUCCACAAACUGGGACAACCCCUGCCGUCGUGGCUGAGACAGGAGCUACAGAAAGUGAGAUAGCAUUGGAAAAGWGCUGUUUGAAAUCUCCCUUCCACACUUCAGUCAUCAUACCUAAACUUUGCAGCAGCUACCAGAAGGUCUUGUAAGAUAUACCUCUUCAAAAAAGUGUAAAGGGUAGAAAUUAUUUCCAUAUGCUGGCAUGUGGAUUGUACAAAUACAUGUGUUUCUUAGAGCUCUGGUGGGCCACAUCUUUCUCAUCAACCUCUCUGGGUCUGUGGACUUGUGGACUACUGUGCACAUAUGUGGAAGUUAUUUACAACUGGUUUAAGCGUCAGAGAUACAUGACCUGUCCAAUUUCACAGUAAAUAUUCACGUUUUUAUAGAUCAGUUUAAAACUAUUGUGUCUCAUGUACGUUUUGUAGCCCUUUGUUGGACCGCUGACCGUUUUUCUUACUAUUUGAUUAUUGUGUUACAUAAGGUAAGAAAACUUAAUGUAGCACAAAAUGCCAAGUGUACUUCUGCCUUUGGAAUCAGCUUGCUAAUGCCCAAAUUGUGUGUAAAUACAGGGGAGCAGUACAGUUAUCAUGUAYCAUUUAGGCUGUGCAUGGCCACAAAUACACCCAGCAAGGUCUGGAAUCCACAGGUGUACAAAGAAAACCACAAACAUGCAAAGCAAAACCUGGGAUUAUAUCCUGCAACAACAAACUCUUACAAUGUGGGAAGAACCUUGGUCUGUAAUUGAUGUCUGAUUUGUACUGACUGAGAUGUGAAUUAUCUGAGCAGAAAAUUAAUUGGAUUUGUGAAGCACACAGGUUGCAGUAUUAUUAGGCUUCAACAAUUGUGAUCCAAACUGGAGAAGGGCAAGGAGGAAGCUUUCACUACUGGUUCUGUGAGCAGCCAGGACAUGGCACUCGGGGCUUACAUUGCUGUGAGUCAGGGGUGACUUCACUGAAAUUAAUGAAAAACUCAUUAAAAGCAGAAACAGAUCCUUACUUUUAUUGCCUUAAUUUGCACCAUUAUUUUUUCCUUAAUUUAUUUGCCUUUAACCUAUGCUUUUUUCCCAACCUGAUCAGAGUUGUAGCAUCUUUCUGCAACCUUCAGUUAACAUCAGCUGCAAAAAUUACCAAAUUUCCAGAUGAAAAUACCAGUUCUGUUUUCAGACAUGUUAAACAUGUUUGGUAUUAAAUAUUAGGAAUAUGCUUUAGAGGGGAAAAUAAUAAACACAAUGUUUAGUCAUGGUAAAAAAUUAGAUUUGAAUCAUGGGAAAACACAAAUAUCUACCCUUGCAGCAGAUAUUUAUGUGAUGGUUUUCAACAGUGCAUCUCUCAGUUUAGAUGUGAGAUGAAGUCUAAUUAAYAGUGCUUAAAAGUUCAGGAAGAAGAUGAUUGGAAACUUCAGCUGAGUGUGGCCUUAAUGCUUGUCCUUGAACUUUGGCUCUGGGUGUUUCUAAAGGCAUGAAGGGUUAGUGAAAACAAAGGGAACUACAGUACUAAAUGCAAGGCUUUAUUCAGUAGCUCUGUAAUGUUUUCAUCAUUUGUUUUAGGGUGAAUACUUAAAAACACGCAUCAAAMGGUGGAAAAACUUCCUAUGUCUCAGUGCUGUUUUAUGACAUUUAUGUAAUCAUAUAAUUUAACUUUCAAGGUAAUGGAACGGAAAGCAGUCUGUUAUUCCCUAAAUAGAAAACACAUGUUGAGAUCCUUACUGUACCUCUAACUGGUAAUCUUUUAUUAUUUAUUGAUUUUGUCUGCGUAAUAAGUGGUUUUGAUAGGCCUGUAAAGAAAAAAAUCUAGACAAAUUUGCUGUAUAUAACAAUAUUCUUUACACAGCACAUUUUUGCUAAGGGAAUAUGCAUGAUUAAGGGUGAGGACCUACUAGAGUAGACAUUUUCUAAGAUGAACAUCUCUAUUAUUUAUUAGAAUGAGAAUUUCAUUUCACUUUAAAUAUUCAGCUAUAUGGAUUUGUCUCAAAAGAUGACUUGUCUUAAAGUACUUCUUAUUUGAUAAAAGAAACACUCUGGACUCUG